UUCCUCUCUCGAUUUUUUUGCUAUAAAUAAGCAGCAAGCACAACACAAGUGCUUCAUAUCCAGACCCACAAGAAUUCCGAUCCUAAAACAAAACCCAGUUACUACAAUGGCCUACUUCGGUAGAAUCAUCUCCUUUUCGGUGCUUUUCCUACUUGUUGCCCUAGCUUGUGAAGCUAGAGUACUUCUUCAAUCUUCAGGAUUUGUUCAAACUCGAAAUACUCAAUUCACCCUCAAUGGUUCCCCUUUCUUCUUCAAUGGGUUUAACUCAUACUGGAUGAUGAACGUGGCUGCAGAUCCAAGCCAAAGGAGUAAAGUGUCGGAUGUUUUUAGCCAGGCUGCAGCUGCAAGGCUGAGUGUCUGUAGGACAUGGGCAUUCAACGAUGGAGGCACCCAAGCUCUUCAAAUAUCUCCUGGAGUUUAUGAUGAGCGUGUCUUUCAGGGCCUUGACUUUGUGAUCUCGGAAGCAAGAAAGAAUGGAGUCCGCUUGGUUUUGAGUUUGAGCAACAACUACAAAGACUUUGGAGGAAGGCCUCAGUACGUGAGUUGGGCUAGGAAUGCUGGUGCUCCAGUAAAUAGUGAUGAUGAUUUUUACACUAAUGAAGUCGUCAAAGUCUACUAUAAGAACCACAUUAAGAGAGUGCUAACAAGGAUCAAUACAAUCACCCGAGUUGCUUACAAAGAUGACCCCACAAUCAUGGCAUGGGAACUGAUAAACGAGCCACGUUGCCAAGUUGAUUACUCUGGAAAAACCCUAAAUGGAUGGAUUCAAGAAAUGGCAAGCUUUGUAAAAUCCAUUGACAGCAAUCACUUGUUGACAGUAGGCAUGGAAGGAUUCUAUGGAGAUUCAAUGCCAGAAAAGAAGACAAUAAACCCUGGUUACCAAGUUGGCACAGAUUUUAUCAGUAAUCAUCUUAUUAAGGAGAUUGAUUUCUCAACCAUACAUGCAUAUCCUGAUAUUUGGCUGUCUGGGAAGGACGAUAGCUCACAGAUGGCUUUCAUGCUAAGAUGGACGACGAGCCAUUUGACGGACUCAGAGACAAUAAUAAAGAAGCCAAUGGUUUUUUCUGAAUUUGGAAAAUCGAGCAAAGACCCGGGAUAUAGUCCAAGUGCAAGGGAUUCAUUCUUGAAUGCUGUUUACACCAACAUCUACAACUUUGCAAGAAGUGGAGGAAUUGGUGGAGGCUUGGUUUGGCAACUCAUGGCUGAGGGGAUGCAGUCGUAUGAUGAUGGAUAUGAGAUUGUUCUGUCUCAAAAUCCUUCGACAAGCGGCAUCAUUACUCAACAAUCCAAUAAAAUGAUAGCCCUUGAUCAUAUUUAAUUUGAGCAGCACAUGACUAGUGAUUAUUGAAGCAAAUGCGGACGACAAUGAAGCAGCUGGUUGAAAGCACUGAGAUUGAUCGAACCUUAGUAUUAGAAUUAGGCUUUAGGAGGUAGUGUUUUCAAUGUUGGUGUACUGAUGAAUUUUUUUCUCAACUCUGAC